CUAUAGGUCAUACCCGAGACAUGGUGUUUUGAAUUGCACGAAUCGUGCUGUGCGAAAGCCUUAACAAUUACACUAUGACUUGCUGUUGUGUAACCGCUGGAAAAGACCUCAGUCUAAGUUAUGAAGACCCAGAUGUAUUCUGUAGGACACAGUGGCGCUGUAUUCCUCGCUGGCUGUUUGUCGCCUACAGAAUCGUCGUUGCGACGUACUUCUUUGGUUUUGGCAUUACUUACUUGAUCGUUUCCAUGGUGAAUGGAAUGGGCGGUGACUUUUUUGUCUUUCUCACAAACUGGGGAUUCAUCGUUGUUACAAUAUACUUCCUGUUUGCUGCCAUCUCCACUUUGAUUCAUGUCAAAGAGAACCCACGAACACCAUCCUACAGUCAGGAGCCUGAAGACCCGGAUGAGACAACACCGCUAACUGACAGAACGGCAACUCGAUGUAGACCGACGCCGUGGUACUGCAAGGUGACAUGGUGUUUCUUCAAUGUGGCGGCUUUGGCGUCUUUAGUCGUCACGCUUGUUUACUGGCCAGCGUUGUCAGGAUUCAGCGAUGAAAUGAACAUCCCGUUUGUGCUAGAUUUCCACUUGCACGCUCUGCCCUCAGUUGUUAUAGUACUGGAACUGAUAUUAGCCGCGAUGCCAAUACGUAUGAUGCAUGCUUUUUACACCGUAUUGAUUGGCAUCGUUUAUAUUAUAAUGACGGUCAUUAUUUACUAUUCGGGGUGGCAAAAUCCAUAUGAUGACAAACCGUAUGUUUACCCUUUUCUCGAUUAUGCAGAGAAUCCUGGGAUCGCUAUUGGUGCAAGCAUCGGGAUCUUCGUCGGGCUGUUUCUGCUGCAAACUAGUCUAUGGGCGCUUUUUAAAGUCAAGCUGUAUUUAGCAAGGAAUCGGCAGCCAAUAACAGACCAGCCGCAUUCGCCUCGUUCCUCGAUCGCGGAGAAGACGGAGACGGAUGAUAGCGGUAAAGUAUACUUCAAGAAGGUAGAUGAGGAAGACGAAGUGUCAUCUGAAGCAAUAAAAACAUAGAAUUGAUAACUAAUAGCUAGUCGUCUAUUGAAAGCUCAUCGUGACAUAUUAUGAACAAUGAGUUUUGUUAUUAUACUAGUAGUGCAUUUGAAAUUCUAAACAAAGAAUAGAAGAACUAUCGCCGUGGAACGAGGGUCCGCCAACGAUUGAAUUAAUAUUUUACAAUUAGUUUAUGGGGAUUAUUUAUUGUUUUAAUAAUUUAAUAUAAUUAUAUGCUGAAUGCACAGCACUAUUUACAAAUGAAAAGCGUCCUCGUUACAUGUACGACAACAUACAGAGACACACAAAUGGCGCAGUAUUCAUUCCUAGUUUAUUUGAUCCAAAAUGUUGCGUGUUGUCUCUGUUAUCGUAAUGUGUGGAUUUUUACGCCACUCAAUAUUGUGUUUUACUAACAACAGAAUGCCCUCCAAGACAUCUGUA